CAAGGACGACCUUCUCGCCAUCCAAGCCGAGACCAUCGGCACCAAACCGCAGUACAGCCAAGUCUUCUGGAUCAACUGUGCCAGCGAAUCUACGGCCAUCGACAGCCUCAUGGGUAUCUUCCCAGACAUGCAAUCUAGCGACAUCAAAGAACACGCCUCGAGGUUCCUCGCCAGCAACCGCAACUAUCUUCUCAUCAUCGACAAUGUCGAUGACAUCAGCGUGGCCGAUUCUGUGUUUGAGCACUCCAAGUCGGUCGGGUUCGGCGGCGAUGUGAUCGUGACGACUCGGCUUCCGCUUCUUCCCGACGGCGCCUUGCUCAAUGCCAUGAGUGCAAACCUCCCCGAGUUCCAGCAGGAUCCGCUCAGGCUUUCGUCAUGGCCCAGCCAUGUGGCUCUCGAGUACCUGGUCUCGACCACACCCACGCUUGCUGCAAAGCUCGACUCUGACGAAGCCAAAACAAAGCUGCAGAGUCUCAUCGCCAAAGUCGAUGGCUAUCCCUUGGUCAUUCAAGCGCUCCGCAGCUAUGCCGAGUGUGGCGGCAGUCUGCUCGACGACAUUGAGACGAACUUUGAAGACAUUCUCCGGGACAAGAAUGGUGAAGACAGCAACCGAUCUUCCCUCGGCGCUGUCGUCCAUCUUGCAAUUGAGGCUCUGAUGAGGCGAGGAGAAGAUGGCGCCGAGGCGUGCAAGAUGUUUGGGGCCGUCACUCUGCUGGGUCCGGAUGCCAUUUCCUCUGAGCUUCUCAAAUCCAUUGCCGAGGAAAUGAAGCUCUCUACAGCCCCGUCAACCCUGACGCACGUCCUUUGCGAGAGCGGCUUCCUUCGAGGUGGUGCCAACGAUAUGUUCCACACCCACGCCUUGAUCCAGAAGGUUGCUCAUGAUUUGAUCAAGCAUCGCAGUGAUUUCAAUAUUGACGAUAUCGAAGAAGCCACCGGCAAAUCCCUCUUGGCGCUCACGGAGUCGCUGGACCUGCAGUCCCUCCCGCUCUCGGAUCACUUGGAGCAGUAUGCCUGCAUGGCGAUUCCGGAAGUGCAUACAAAGGAGCUGCACGGCUCCAUCAAACUUCAGAUAGCCCUCCUGGCACAAAAGCGUGCCCUGUACUCCAAGGCCAUGCGAACCCACCAGCAAAACCUGGAGCGGUCCAUACAAUACUAUGGGACUAGAGAUCAACUCUUUGUCGCCCAUAUUCUUGGCGGCAUUGGUAAGACCGCAGCGAGCCAGGGCCGCUACGAGGAGGCAAUCCAGUACCAUCAAGAGGCUUUGGAUAUCCAGGUCAGGCUCUGCGGCACACGAGAAGAUCUCGGUGUUGCAGCCACAAUCGUCGAGCUUGCCAAUCUCGAGAGCGCCCAGAGUCGAUACGAUGCCGCCAACGCGCUGCUUCAAGAAGCAUUAGACAUCACUAUCAAAGUCCAUGGAACCCGCGAGCACUCUGACGUUUCGGAAAUAUUAUUGGAGAAGGCAACCCUCGAUGAAAUGGAAUUCCGUUUCGAUGCCGCCAUACAGCAUUACGAAGAAGCCAUCGAAAUCGAAACCAAGGUUCGCAAGACUCGGCAGACCCAGGUUGUAGCCGACAUCAUCUAUCACAUCGGUUCGACCCUCAGCACCCAAAAUCGCUUUGACGAGGCCUUCCGCCGCUACCAAGAGGCACUUGGAAUAGUCCGAAACGACCACGCAGCCCACGCUUCCCCUCUUACUGCCAUGAUCCUCCAAAACAUGGGCUUUGCAGCCGCCAAGCUGGGUCAAUACGAAGAUGCCCGCCGGUACUACCAGGGGUCGCUCGACAUCAACACCAAGAUAUAUGGCACGCGCGACCACCCCAGCGUCUCCGAGAUCCUCUAUUGGAUGGGCAUCCUGGCCAAAGACCAGGGGCGCUACGACGAGGCCGUGGCUCUCUACGAAGAAGCCGUAGCCGUCAAAACCAGAAUCUUUGGAACGCGAGACCAUCCGCAGAUCGCGACCGUGCUAUUUUCUCUCGGCUUUGUCUCGUAUCGCCAGGGUCGCCUGGACGAUUCUCUUCGAUACUACCAGGAGGCACUCCGAAUCAACAUCCAAACCUUUGGCACCAGAAUGCACUCGGAUGUGGCCCAUGUGCUCUACAGCCUCGGCGAAACCAAGAGAGCCCAGCGACAGCUGGACGAUGCCAGAGCCUACUACCAGGAGGCAUAUGACAUCUUCAUGUCCAUCUAUGGCACCCGUGAGCAUCCAAAUGUCGCUGUCGCCCUCAUGGGCUUGGGCAACGUCGCCAAGAGCCAGGGCCGGAUCGACGAGGCCUACGGUCACAUCCACGCGCAGCUUGAUAUCUACACCAAGCUCUACGGAACGCACGAGCAGCCCGAUGUUGCGCUCUCGAUGGUGGGGCUCGGCAACCUACUGAGUAUACAGCGGCGCUUUGACGAGGCAUCAAAGUACUAUGCCGAUGCUCUCCGGAUCCAGAUCAAGCUCUUUGGCACCCGCCAGCACCUCCAAGUGGCCAGGACCCUCAUGGCUAUGGGCAACAACGCCGAGCGCCAAGAUCAUCACGACGACGCACUCCAAUACUUCCAGGAGGAAGUCGACAUAUUUCGCAAAGUCUCUGGCUCCGACAAGCUCCCUGAGGUGUCCACGACCUUGGUGAAGAUGGGGAAGAUUGCCAAGCGACAAGGCCGCGACAACGCCGCCCAUGGCUAUUUCCAGCAGGCACUCGAUGUGGCCCUGAAGCUCUACGAAACUCCCGACCAUCCGACGGUUGCAUCGAUCCGUAUCGAGCUCAGCAAGCUUGGUCGCGACCAAAGCGUGGACGGGCACUCGCUCGAGCAGCUGCAGGAGGAACUGGAUCUGAAAGCCAAGGCGCUCGGAACUCGGGUUCACGUCGAUGUUGCCCGUCUGCUUGCCACCAUGGGCCACAAAGCCAGGAACCAAGAGCAGUUUGCUGACGCACAUAGAUUCUUCAGCGAGGAGCUUGCGAUCCACACCGAGCUCAACGGCACGGUCGAGCAUCUGUCCGUUGCCAAAGCGCAUGUGUCGCUCGGACUCGUUUCCAAGUCACAAGGUGACCUUGAUGUCGCUCUGGAGCACUUCCGAGUGGCCGUUGGCAUAUUUGAGACCAUCCAUGAAACCCGCGACCACCUCGACAUUGCAAAAUCGCUUGCCAGCAUCGGAACUGUGCUGUGGAAGCAGGGCUUCCUGGACGACGCCCUGGACUGCUUACAGGAGUGUCUCGACAUCUUUGUCAGAGUCUAUGACACUUGGGAGCACUACGAGGUCGCUCGGACGGUCGAAACUAUCGCUGUCUUGAACGACAGGCGCGGCAACCAUAACGAGGCCCUUCGCAACUUCCGGGAGGCGUAUUCGAUCUACAAGCGCCUGUAUCAUAACGACUUGCAUCCGGCUGUUCAAAAGGUCCAGCGGGAGAUUUCUCGGCUCACGAGGCGACGGUGGUAGAGGGAUGAGAGCCGCCUGAUCGUGGGUGCUCUCCGUGCGUAUGGGAGAAUGACUGGGUGCAGCAUGUCGGCGAGCGUAUGAGAUCGGGCGAGGGAGUUUGUUCGGCCCUUGGCGGUGCUGGCAUUCGUAUUCGUGACUUUGAGAUCAAGACGUACUUACAGCGUUCCAAGAACAAGAUGAGAUGCUGCGCAAUUAUCAUCGAACAUGCAAGAUAGUGUGGGUCCGAUAAACCCGGCUGCAGCAAAUGCUGAUCACCUCGACAGCCUCCGAAGUGAAGGCUGCGGGGUCGUGUAUCAAAGGCCAUGGUGAUCCAAUGGCAGUUUACAACAGUAUCCGGGGAAAAUAACCGAGGAGGGAGGGUCAAAGCAAUGGAUAUUUAUAAGAUACAAUAAUUAAGGUAAAUCAAACCCUCC